GUCCUUCUUCUCUUGCACUGUUAAAAGAAAGAGUGUUUUGUUGUAUAUUUACUAUUAAUUUAAAUGGCAACCAUCACCCCAGACCCAGUGCAGGUGGAGUUCCUUCAAUUCCCUGCCCUCGUUACUUCACCAGCCUCCGCCAAGACCUAUUUCCUCGGCGGUGCAGGGGAGAGAGGAUUGAUGAUCGAGGGGAAAUUCAUAAAGUUCACAGCCAUAGGAGUAUACUUGGAGGAUCAAGCCAUCCAAUCACUCGCCCCUAAGUGGAAGGGUAACCCUUCACAACAAUUGCUGGAUAACCUACACUUCUUCAGAGAUAUCAUUUCAGGCCCAUUUGAAAAGCUAAUUAGAGGGUCGAAGAUUCUGCCAUUGAGUGGGCGAGAAUACUCGAGGAAGGUGAUGGAAAACUGCGUGGCACACAUGAAGUCUGUGGGGACAUAUGGAGAAGCUGAAGCCGCCGCCAUUGAAAAGUUUGCCCAAGCUUUCCAAAACGUGAAUUUUGCAGCUGGUGCCUCCGUUUUCUACAGACAAUCACCUCAUGGAAUAUUAGGGUUAAGUUUCUCUGAAGAUGGGACACUACCAGGAAAAGAGGGUGCAGUUAUUGAAAACAAGGCUUUAUCAGAGGCAGUGUUGGAGACCAUGAUUGGCGAACACGCUGUUUCUCCUGAUUUGAAACGCAGUUUGGCUUCAAGAUUGCCUGCGCUAUUGGACCAGCAGGGAAUUAAAAUAUGACCACAAAUGCAUCACAAUUCACAACCACAUAUAUUAUUAUAUAUAUACAUACCAUACCAUACCACACUCACAUUGGAUGAGUUAUUUUGAGACAUGUAUGCAUGUAUACUUCUUUUUCUCCUUUCCUUCUCCUCACUGCUCAUUUUCAUACUCUCUAUUUCUAUUCUUAUCUUGGAUGUGUUUCGAAAAAUAAAUUAUAAUAAAUAACGUAUCUUAUAUAAGAUAUUUUAUAUACA